AUGUUUUCGCAAUUUCUUUUUCUGGCACUAGCUUAUGGCGUCUCCGGACAGGGUGAAUUUAUUUCAUUAUUGCAUUUUCCAAAAACCUAUGGUUUUAAACUCUUUCAUUAUUCGAUACAAAGUUAAAUCGGAACACAUUGCAUCAUAAAAGUUGCACUUUAGCGUUUCUUUUACAGAGGUAAAUAACACCUUGGAAUUUAAACAGAACAGCGAUUAUGCCUAUACGAAAAGGCUCUAUGGGAACGUUGAGGUAAUGAUUGCCUGGUGGGUGAUGCGACGAUUUUCAAUUUUGAUUUUGGUAACAAAAUCUUUUCUUCGCAUAGUACAUAACCGUUGAUGGCGUGCGCAUUUCUAAGGCCGCAGAUGGGACGCACUGUGUCGCUCCGAAUGACUGCUGGGAAAUUAUCCAUCGUAAGAUAUUCACUUGACAUUUUAUUUAUUUAAUAAACCCAUUAAGUCAAAUCAAAUUAUUGCAUAUUGAACAGAAAAUUGCUAGUUAGCUGCAAAAGCAGUCCGUUUUGCAGGAAGAUGCCUAGCAACGAUUUACUAUUAGGAGUGAAAUUCUAUAAAAUAUCACAAGUUUUGUUUGCAUGCGCGCAUAUGUGCAGGAGAGGAUUGACAACAAUGGAGACGCAGGGGGAGAGAUGGAUUUCCUAACGCGAUAGGCCAGCGUGUCUCUUAUAUACUGUGUAUAUCCGGUCGCAACUGAUAGAACAAGAGAACCACGAAUAUAUACACGACCGCAACGGACAGGACCGCGAGUGCUUAGCCGCACUAGACUUUUAACCAACAGGUAGUGCGAUCGAGCCGCAGGUGUAGCACAAUUCGCGACUGCCUAUGGCCCCCUGGCGACAGUUAGAAGCCAUAAAGGACCAUUCAAAUCUCCCUUGUUUUUGUUGGUAGUGUUAUUCUGCCUAUGUAUAUCUGACAGAAGCGAAAAUGCCCGUCCCGGAAAUAUAUAAGAUGACGAGACGAUCUCCCGAACAAUACCUGCAUUGACUUGACGUUAAAGAAGCAAACAUGCCAGAGGUUAGUGUUCUACCACGCCUCACAGGAUUUAUAGGUGGUGAUGAUCUCCUAGCCACUGGUUUACCUGGCCAAGUGGUUAGAGGCCUUGGACUUCUCAAUAACAGGUCUGAACUUUGACCCAAGGUGUUCCACAUAUUGUGGUUAAGUUUGACUGGCUGACGACGGAUUAUAUGCCAGAAAUGGCCAUUCCAGUCGACCUUUCCAUUGUCCUUAUUGACAUUCUGCAUUGAUAGAUAUGCAUAUAUAUAUAUAUAUAUAUGUGCAGGAGGCAUGCUUACUCCUGAAGUGUCAUGAGUUAGUGCAAGUAAUUUCUUAUGGUACAAAAUAUGCCAAACUACAUAACUCAAAGUCUUACGGCCAUAAAAACGGAUGUUUUUCAUAAUAAGUCAAAAUUGAGCAAGACGUUUUCGAUUCGAUAGUUCAAAACUCCAUUUAUUCAGAAAACUGUAUUUUGUUAGCUGAAUUAGUUCCUUUUAUCUUGCAAGCAAUACAAUUUCCCAUAUUCUCCCUUACCUAGUCCUUCGGAAGCAAGAUGGAAUCAUUCGCUCACAGACGGUGUUUUCUUGAUGCUUUACCUGUACACAUUUAUCUGCAAAUUUCAGUAGCAUGGGGAAUGUUGUCGAUAUAAAGAAAGGUUGAAUUUCAUCUAAAUCUGACCAGUAUUCCGUAAGUCAGAUUGACUUGAAAUAAAUCCCCCUCCGAUUAAUGGGUUUCUGCGCGUCAAAUGCAUUGAAUAAACACAAAUAACAACGUCAAACCCAUGAAAUACUCGCAGUCUCAUUUCGGCCACGACAUUCUCUGAGUUGGACCGAUUGCUGUACAUUUGUAAGUAAGGGGAUACUAAAAAAAGAAAUCUGAGACCGGAAUGACCGUUAGCCGUCAUCAGCCAGUUAUACGCAGUCGCAAGUACUGAUCACCUGAGUUUUGAACCUGCGAUCUUACCUCAUGGAGUUUGACAUUCUACCAUUAAGCAGGGGACCCGUUUUCCUGCUGGAUGCGAUCUGAAGAACUUAUUAUGAUAGGUAGGGGCUCCAACGAUCGGUUUUACGGAACACACUUGUUCCAUUGUGCCUUGAUGCUCAAACUGGAACCUUCGAAGUCAGUUGCUCAGCGACGAUUAUUUUAUGCACGUAAGGUGAUACCGACAAAGCAAAUGCUAAUUAAUGGUGAUACAAUGUCCAGUAUUAAAUAGUUUCCGCUCUGCACGAUUAAGUUCCAGAUAUUCAGAGACAAUUAGAUUACACUCGAGUAAACACACUAGAUUAUAAUUAUGAGUUUAUUUGCUCAUAUUCACGACAUCAAGUAUAUUUGCAACUGCAAAAAUGAAUGAGCCAAGAUUACAUUUUCGUAGGCCUUCCUGUGCUGCACAAUUGUCUCUCUCCCAAAAUUUGCAUGUAAAUGUUUCUUUUACAAGCUAAACAGUACGUCAUCCUUAAUGGUUUUCUGAAGGGAGCGCACGCAGCACUCGUGUUGAAGCCUGCGCCUUUAGCUGACAGAUGUUUUUUGGAGUACAAUACAAAAGUGCCGGCACCCCGAACUGUAAGUUCAAGUAAUCUGUUCAGUCGAUUUACAUUAUCAUUGUGUUAUAGAUGUGUUUAUUUUCAUCUGUCUUCCUGGCAGUCAUUAGUGAAGUCACUUAUUUAGUUCACAAAAAUACAAAGGGUAAACUUGGUGUCCUACUGGUAAUUGUGUUUGUUGGUUGCCGAUCAGUUGGAAUGUAUUUUGAGACCAAGGAAACAAGCUAAAUUGACCUCUUCUUAUUUUAACAGCUUCGGUAAUUGCUUUUCCAAAAUUCUGCAUUUAAUGAUUUCUCCUUUAGAUCAACAGCUUCCUGCUGAAGCAGUAUCUGUCUUCGCGAAAGAAAUCCUCGAAAAUGAAAGACUCAUACAUAUUCUGCUGCUCAAUGGAAAACUUGCGGUAAUCAUGGAGAAAUCAAUUUAUGUUUCUCAAAAAUCACGUCAAAAUAGUGCUUCUUAGCGUCUUACACGAGAACCGUUAGCGUGUUGAGAAAAGCAUGGCAUUAUUCAUUUGAAUUCACCUGAGGAGCCUAUUUAAUUGACGCAGUUGCAUGCGUCAUUUUAUAUACUAUUUGGAAUUGAAAGAAAAGCAUUUUUAGUAAAUAGAUUAAUGUCAUCUUCAUUAUCUCCGUGUCAAGUCCACGCUUUGUGUUUGGUUUAACCGAAUUGACCUAGCUUUUCAUCGGAGUGAUUUCAUGUUGACCCAACUGUGAAAAAUUCGGCGCCUCGAAGGGAUUCGAACCCACGCAGUAAGGGGGAAGGCUUUAGUACAGCCAACGCUCUAAACACCUGAGCUACGAGGCCCCGCUGGACGACGCGAGUUUUUAUCACACUUGGGUCAAGUUACCUGCCCAACCUACUGCAACGUCUGGAAUCCACAAAAGCUGAUGCAGUAAGUGGUUAGAGCGUUGGCUGUACUAAAGCCUUCCCCCUUACUGCGUGGGUUCGAAUCCCACCGAGGCGCUGAGAUUUUCACAGUUGGGUCAACAUGAAUUAUUCAAAAUCUGCCAAAAUAUCAAUGAAUUACGUGAGCCUAGUAGUCAUCUGGUAGAUCCUGGGUGAAUUACUUAGGAAAUCCUGCUUGGGCAGUCAACUUACUGUAUCAGCUUUGGUGGAUUCCAGACGUUGCAGUAGGCCGGGCGGGUAACUUGACCCAAGUGUGAAAAAAACUCGCGUCGUCCGGCGGGGCCUCGUAGCUCAGGUGUUUAAAGCGUUGGCUGUACUUAAGCCUUCCCCCUUACUGCGUGGGUUCGAAUCCCACCGAGGCGCUGAGAUUUUCACAGUUUGGUCAACAUGAAUUAUUCAAAAUCUGCCAAAAUAUCAACGAAGUGAUUUCGACACUAAGUGACUCCGUUGUUUUCAUCAGUAAGCUUCUAAUCAAAAAGCAUGGCAACUCCGGCACCAUUUCAUGUUUGUAAACUUUUAGGGCAUAUCCCGUGUCGGGAAAAUAUCGGUGAAGAAAAAAGAUGAAAGUAUUAUAUCAGUCUUCGGGUGGUACAGUAAGUGCAUAAUUUGUUGUUGUCAAAAACUUCUUAAAAGUCAUGUCAAUGGAAUUGAUUUUUGCAAAACAGUUUUCGAAACAAAGUUUUUGCAAAUGAAACCCUUUUUACACAUGUUUAUGUGCGUUUUCUGCAGUGGACGUCAACAAAGUUUUACUAUUCACGGGACAUUUGGGAACUGAAACGCGAAAAAUGGAGAUAAAGUUUACGACUGGCAGGGUGAAUCGUGUUACCAUAAAUCCUUCCAAUAAGCCAGAGGCCACGGCUCCAGUGUUAACCUUCGUCGACUACAAGCACGCCUUCAAGUGCACGAAAAAUUAG